AUGCUCACAUACGACUGGACUGACCUUAAGAUGCCCUUACAAAUAGAAGAAAAAUGUUUCCUUAAUGUUGGUGAGGAGAAGGUAUCAUUUCCCGUUUCCUGUUCCCCCGUUACCUAUCUCAUUAAUGGAUUCAACCCAGGCUUGAACACGGACUCGGUCUAUCACCUCAACGACAAACAUUCAAUCUUGUUGAGAGCGAAGUUUCGAAACGGUCGAUUUUCUGCAGACGAUCACCCUUAUCCAUUUAUGUAUUCGGGCCAGUGUAUCCCCACCAGUAUCCGCUUAGAUUUGAGUUUUCUGGAUCACGAUGGCUUUGAAAGCACCUCCGACAACAUCUUCAUCAUCACAAAGGUACGAGUCGAGCUACAAGAAUUCAGUAUCGUACCAAGUUUAGACUCUGUUAUAAGUGACGUUCGCUCCGUUGUUCUCUUAGAGAAAAAGGCGUACAGGGCAAUGUGUCUAUCAACACAACCAUCUGUCAUCCUUGGUGAAGUUUGGGGCUGUAACUUACCAGAUCUUGGCCCGACAUUUUACACUCAUGAUUACAUCAGAAGCUACGCUUUGAAGGUUUCUUUGACAAUAGCACAUAAGGAGUUUCCGGACACGACCGUAUCUGCAUUCAUUGAGUUCAACAUUGCAUCGAAAGUGGAGGAAUCUAUAAAAGAAAUGGACAAGCCUUUUGCGUCUCAAAGCUUCCCUGGGUGUAUUCUUAAACAAGGGACCUUCGAUCUUUUCCUUGAAGACUCGUCAGCUCUCAGUUUGGCUCACGCUGAGAGACCCCGAAAAAGUUCGCAAGAUAGCUUCCAGCGAUACAUCAUUCUGUACGAAAGCAAAGAAGAUGUGACUUGCAAUGUCUAUGCGAAAGAGAGCAAGGGUUCCUUCGAUGAUGUCUCAUGCCUCUCUGGGAAGAAAACCCCGAAGGGCUUCGAUAAGACUUGCAAUGUAUUGGAAAAAGAGAUUACCUACAGUCUGGAUGAAGAGACAAGCUCUCAUCUUAAUUCGGAACUGUUUAGCUCGUCAGAAACCUCUGACGAGUUCGUCGAAAUGCUUUGA